AUUGCUGUGACUUUCGCUAUGCUGUACUGGGUGAUCCUUUGCUUCGUCGUACCAUGCGCUGUGAUGGAGAACUAUGCGCCCAGCCUCGCCGGUUACCUGCUCGCCAGCCGAGAAAGGAAGCUGGUCUUCUCUGCAACCCCUACGCUUGGCACAUACUGGAUCCUCAAGAUACUCAUGAUCUCCCAAGAUCUCACGGGGUCCGCCGGCUGGGAUGUGGUCAGUGGUCGAGUUCUGAAUCUGGACAACGUUACGAUCGGCGAGAUAUGGCUCACAAUGAUAGCCACCAGCUGUCUCAUAACCCUGGUGGUAGCCUACCUGUCCCAGGUGUUGCCAUGGGUCGCAGGUAUUCCGAGGCCGUUCUACUUCCCUCUCAUGUACCGAUACUGGUUUCCGGCUACUCAGGAUCCGCAAGGUGGAACCGUCUCCCCCGUAGACAAGUUCCCGGGUUAUUUUCAGUUGCCCCCGUUGGACGCUACCCCAGUCAUCACUGUCCAGGGCCUGACGAAAGAAUACGGCGGUGUGGUCGCAGUGCACCACGUGGACCUGGAAGUCUACGAAGGCCUCAUCACCGUCAUCCUCGGCCACAACGGCGCCGGGAAGACCAGCGUGCUCAACGUGCUCACGGGCAUGUGCAGUCCCACAAGGGGCACCGUGAACGUGUGCGGGUACGACAUGAUCCAGAACACGGCGGAAGCACGCGCCUAUCUGAGCUUCUGCCAACAGCAAGAUGUGUUCUUUGCUGACCUCACCAUCUGGGAGCACUUGGCUUACUUCGGUGCGCUCAAGGGAAUCGACCGAAGCACCCUAUCAGGCCGCAUCACUGAAUCCCUGAAGGUUGUUCGGCUAGAAGACAAAGCCAGGUGCCUCACCUCCGUCCUUUCCGGCGGCAUGAAGAAGCGCCUGAGCGUCGCCAUGGCCACGAUAUCCAAGCCGAAGGUGGUGAUACUGGACGAGCCGACAUCCGGUCUAGACCCAGAUACACGGCGUGAAAUGUGGGACCUGUUCCGUUCUAUGCGGCACGAGUGCACGUUGCUCAUAUCGACACACGACAUGGCUGAGGCAGACAUACUCGGGGACCGCGUCGUUGUGCUGGCUCAAGGUGCUGUCCAGUGCAGCGGCUCACCCGGUUUCCUCAAGAAGGCCUACGGUGCAGGCUACAGAGUGCAGAUAGCGCGGAAGCCCUCGGCAGCCUUCCAGCUGUACGACAUUAUGCACAUCAUCAAGAGCACGGUGCCAGAGGCGGAGGUGCGGCGCCACCGGCCAAGCGAAGUGACCGUGGCGCUGCACGUGCUCGACUGCGCCGGCUUCGAGCACAUGUUCGCGCAGCUGGAGGCCCAGAGCGACGCCCUGGGCAUCGACAGCAUCGGCGUCUCCGUCGCCACCAUACAGGACGUGUUCUUCAAAAUUAAUCGGGAGGACACGCAACUGCUCAGCAGAACAGCGGCUUUGGCAGAUUACGACGUCACCUGGCGGGCGGCCACCACCGAGGGCGCCGGCAACUCGCGCGGCGCCAGCCUGGCGGCCCUGUUCGUCAAGCGCGCGCUGUGCCUGUACCGCUCGCUGGCGGCCCCGCUUACCGCCUGGCUGCUGCCGCUGCUCGUGUUCUGGGCGCUGAUGGCGCUCGAGCGCGGCCUGCUGCCCGAGCCCACGCGCCGGCUGCGGCGACUCGCCGUGCCGCUCUCGCUGGGCGCCACGUACCGCCGCGCGGGCACCUUCGUGCACGCCGGCGACGAGCUCCGGUCGGUGACACGCGACGUCGUCCUGCCCCUCCUCGAGGAGCAGGGGACGCGUGCCGACGUGCUCGCCGACCCGGCCUGGCAGUUACCGGCUAUGGCCGCGCAGCACUUCUACGCGUACACGCAGGAGUACGCUUUCGGCAUCUCGGUUGCCCGCAGAAUGGUGGAGCUCACAAGUGAAAAUGAAAGCACGACAGUCGUGGAGGCGUGGCACAACCCUUACGCUACACUGAGUCGCGAGCUCGCACUCGCGGUGUCGUCGACGGCGGCACUGCGCCUGCUGACGGGCGACCAGCGGGCGCGCAUUGUCGCCCGGGCUGUGAUCCGCGAUGUCAGCGAGACGCGCUCGAACCGCACUGAGGAUGCAGAUGAAGAGUUCACCGAGUAUCUCAAGCGGAGCUUCGUGACGACGCUCCUGCGCACCUUCCUGGUGCCCCUGGGAGCUGCACUCCUCAUGGCCACCCUCGUUCUGCUACCGAUAGCCGAGCGAACCAGCGGCGCCAAGGAUCUGCAGUUGAUGACAGGCGUCUCGGGGGCCGUCUAUUGGGCGGCCAACUGGGUGUUCGACUUUUUCGUCUACCUGUUCGCGUGGGCCUCCAUCGGCGCGCUGGUCUCUUUUUACCAGCCAUUAUUGCUUGUCACGAAGUUCUCUCUGCUGGUGGUGCUCGUGGCGUUCUCGGGACCUGGAAUAUUAUUCACCUACGUCGUCUCCUUGUUUGCCAAGACGCAAUCUGGAGGAUUCACUUUCCUCAUGCUCGUCUACGCUGUCGGAGGCACGGUGUUGCUGUUCUCGUACUUUGCGCGCAAGGUCACUACUCGCGGCGGCCUUUUGCCUACUUCACUCGCGGACUUGCUGUUCAUGCUGGCGCCACCGUUCAGCCUGUCCGUGAGCGUGAUCAAGGUGCUACGCAUGGACUUCGACAACAAGGAGUGCCUGCGUGCCCGCCAGAGCCGCGCCUACUUGGCGCUGCUGUGCGGCGGCUCCUCGCGGGAGGGCGACGCACGCUUCGGCGCCGUGACGGCCCACUGCUGCGCGCAUGCCAAAGAGAGCAACUGGCAGCCAUUGAGCCCAAUCAUCCUCGACGUGAACGGGGUGGGCUACGAGCUCCUUGUUAUGCUCAUGGAGGCUGUGUUGCUGUUCUGCGUGCUCGGCUAUUGGGACUCGGGACACAGCUUUGCCCGCACUUCCAGCGCAUGUUCGCCGCCCCCGUCAGCCAAGGCGUCACCGGCAUCAUCCCAUUCAAGGUUUGACGAAGAUGUUCGCCAUGAACGCGACGAGGUGCAGCGUCUUCGCCGCGCGAAGCUUUUCCGUGAGCGAGCCCUGCUUGUGGAGAACCUGCACAAGCGGUACGGCUCCCUACGUGCCGUGCGUGGCCUGUCGUUUGGCGUCCCGUCGCAGCAAUGCUUUGGACUGCUCGGGGUCAACGGCUCUGGGAAGACGAGCACCUUUCAGAUGCUCACCGCACUGCUGCCACCCACGAGCGGCGAGGCCUACAUGGGAGACCUUGUUCUCUCCAGAGAGCCGCGACUGUGGCAGUCGAGGCUAGGCUAUUGUAUGCAGUACGGCGGGCUGCUCGAAAGCCUGACGGCCUUCGAGUUCCUCGACCUGUUCGCUCGGCUGCGCGGUGUGCCGUCCAAGGAUGUGAAGCAACUUGUCGAAAGUUUUGUUCACCUAGUCGGUCUUCAGGAGUGCGCCAACCGGCUGUGCGGAACGUACAGCGGCGGCGGCAAGCGGAAGCUGUCGAUAGCCGCCGCGCUAAUAGGUCUGCCCCGACUGGUGUUCCUCGACGAGCCCACUGCCGGCGUGGACGUAGUCGCCAAGACGCGUAUAUUCGCUGCACUGGCCGACAUCAUGAACCACUCCGGAAUGGCGGUCGUACUCACUUCGCACAGCAUGGAUGACUGUGAGUCUGUGUGCGACCGCAUCGCCAUCAUCUCCGAAGGCCGGCUGCAAUGCCUCGGCAGCCUCCAGCGGCUGAAGGACCGCUUCGGCGGGGGCUGCACGCUCGUGCUCAGGCUGGCCCCCAAGGAGCGGGUGCGUGAGAAGGAGGUGCAGAAGUCGAUACAGCAAAUCUUCGCUGGAGCCAAGCUCAAGGACUACACUGAGGGCGUGUUCAAGUUCCACCUGUUGCAGAAGCUACGCUGGAGCGAAGUAUUCGCACGCGUAAACGAGCUGCAGAGGUGUUACUCCUUCGAGCACGCAUUUGUUUCUGACUGCAGCCUGGAGGAGAUCUUCGUGGACAUUGCCAGAGGUCGUCACCAGUGCCUCACCCCGGCUCUCUCAACAGGAGGUGCCGGCAACACGCCGAAAAAUUGAUCGCCAUGCGCACAAUGUUCGCCUUUUUUUGAUAACGAAUGCUUUCUUUCAAACACAUUCAGCAACAAUACUCACUCAGUCAGUGAAAGCUUAUUUACCAUAAACGUAGAAAAUAAAUGGAGUACCUGUGCUCUGUGUAUAGCUAUAUCGUUGGGACUAGGCUACCUGCUUUAGCUAUGAGAAGUAGACACUUUAUUUGCUUUUAAAAUGGCUUUCUAUGCACCGUGAGUGUUAUCCAGAUUCAACGUUAUACAUUCACACGUUACCGCCUUUAAUUAUCUUGCUUGUCCAUAUGUGCCACGCCAGUGAAAGUGAUGUCACACUUUGCUACUUCUACGGCAGAUCAUUUUACUAAAGCUGAGGGGACAUGUGUCUAUUAAAUAGUGUACCUUUUUCUUUAAAAAAAUUCGACGACGAUUACGAUAUUCCGUAAUGCAAUAUUUGAGUGCAGUUGCACACGUGUUUUCAUUUCGCGAUUUAUUGAGGCAUCGCACCGAUGACCGCACCGACUGGCGUAGAGGCGACGCGCGGUGCAAUAUAUACGCCUCGUGCCCCGCCUAUGGGGAACCAGCGCUGGAUUGGCGGCGCGUCGAAAACAAUCCGUUGCGCGCCGCCCUGGCGACGAAACGCGGCAUAUCCCAGCCGCUCGACCAGACGACACACACGUGCGCGGCCGUAUUAUAGA